GUAGGCAAGAUAGCGCCGUGGACAGGCCGUUUCUACACACUGCUAGACCCCUCCUACGCCAAGAACCACAUCCCUAUCAUCGCCUCCGUGUCGGAGCAUCAACCCACCUCAUGGGCCUCCUUCUACUUCGACCUGCAGAUUCUGGUCUUCCUUUUCCCUGCCGGUCUCUACUUCUGCUUCUCCAAGCUGUCUGAUGCCAACAUUUUCCUCAUACUCUACGGAGUCACUAGUAUCUAUUUUGCGGGAGUGAUGGUGCGUCUCAUGUUGGUGUUGGCACCAGUGAUGUGCAUUCUGUCGGGCAUAGCUGUAUCCGCCAUGUUGGAUACCUACAUGAAACAGGUCGACUCCAACAAGAAUGUCGACAAGAAGAAGAACAAAAUGGAGAACAACUUUGUCAUGAAGAGUGAGAUCGCCACCUGCUUCGUAGGCCUGAUGACGUUUAUGCUGAUCUCGUACACGUUCCACUGCACGUGGGUGACGUCAGAGGCGUACAGCUCGCCCAGUAUUGUGUUGUCAGCAAAAACGCAUGACGGAUCCACCAUCAUAUUCGACGAUUUUCGAGAGGCUUACUACUGGUUGAGGAUGAAUACACCUGAGGACGCGAGAGUGAUGUCAUGGUGGGACUACGGCUAUCAGAUAACGGCGAUGGCGAAUCGAACGAUACUAGUGGACAAUAACACGUGGAACAAUACGCACAUAUCACGGGUGGGUCAGGCCAUGGCGUCUAGUGAAGAGAAGGCCUAUGAAAUCAUGCAGGAGCUCGAUGUCGACUAUGUGCUCGUCAUAUUUGGUGGGGUGGUGGGGUACUCCAGUGAUGACAUAAACAAGUUCCUGUGGAUGGUGCGGAUCGGGGGGUCGACGGAGCACGGGGCGCACAUCAAGGAGUCGGACUACUACUCGCCGACGGGGGAGUUCAGGGUGGACAAGGGGGGGUCCCCCGUCCUCCUCAACUGUCUCAUGUACAAGAUGUGCUACUACCGAUUUGGACAGGUCUACUCCGAGGGAGGUAAACCGCCCGGCUACGACCGAGUCCGUAGCGCCGAAAUCGGCAACAAAGACUUUGAGCUGGAUGUCCUGGAGGAAGCCUACACCACGGAGCACUGGCUAGUGCGCAUCUAUAAAGUGAAGCCACUGCGCAACCGCGGCAUUUGACCGCCUUACUAAGCUCAAUCUGUGACCUUGACGGAUUCACCAAGGUCAAACCUGUGACCUUGAGAGGUAUUCUCUGUUGUCAACAAGUGUUUAAAUGUCGUAAAAAUAUCUUGUAUUUCUCUAUGGACUUGUUACAAAGUUGUCAGGAAGGUCACAAAUUAUUCAACUGGUUCUUGAAAUAACAUGUUACAAGGAAAACUAAGGUCAACCUGUGACCUUGUGAGGUCUUCUCUGUUGUCAACAAGUUUUUAAAUUUCUUAAAAAUAUCUUGAGGUUCUUGUAUUUUUCUAUGGACUUGUUACAAUGUUGUCAGAAAGGUCCCUAAUCAUUCAACUGGUUCUUGAAAUAACAUGUUACAAGGAAAACUAAGGUCUACUAAGGUCAAUCUGUGACAUUGUGACCUUGAAAAGUCUUCUCUGUUGUCAACAAGUGUUUGAAUGUCGUGAAAAAUGUCUUUUAUUUCUCUAUGGACCUGUUAAAAUGUUGUCAGGAAAGUCCCAAAUUAUUCAACAGGUUAUUGAGGGUGUUAAACUAUAUAAAUUAAAAAAAAAAAACAUAUAACAAGGAAAACCUUGAUGACCUCUAUAGUGCAAUUAACUUUGUAACUGGCAAUAUAAUCAGUGAGAAACAUUGUUGUUAUUUAUAAUGAAUGCUAACAGACUAUAGUAAAUCUCACUAUGGAGAUGGUGUUCAAAAUGAUUAUCGGGUGAUCUCGUGGGUCUAAUUCUAUGAAAUUUAAAUUUAUGAUGAGUGACCACCGUUUAUUUCUUGUGAUGUUGUGCUCAAAAUGACAUACUAAAUCGAUCCCAACCAAAAAUUUAAUGACAGGUAUUUCGGCACUGGGCCUAGACUUUGACCGAUCUCGUGACGUUAGGGCUGUUGAUUUGAUUAAAAUUUAGAAGACUUGUAAUUUAGAACACAAUAUUCGAUGAAAAUUACCUAAACUUCUAUGAAUUACUCAAUCCAAAUUAUUUGAUUUACCUUCGAAGACUUGUAAACGAGAACAUAAUAUUCGAUGAAAAUUACUUGAACUACAAUGAAUUAAUCUAAAUUAUUUGAUUCACCUUAGAAGACGUGUAAACGAGAACGUAAUAUUCCAUGAAUAUUACCUGAUCUACUAUGAAUUACUCAAUCCAAAUUAUUUGAUUCACCUUAGAAGACGUGUAAACGAGAACAUAAUAUUCGAUAAAAGUAACUUGAACUACAAUGAAUUACUCAAUCUAAACUAUUUGAUUUACCUUAGAAGACGUGUAAAGGAGAACAAAACAUUAGAUUAAAAUUACUUGAACUACAAUGAAUUACUCAAUCUAAAUUCUGUACCUCAGAGAUAGAUGAGCGUAAGUCCAUUUUUUGACAAAAUGAUGUUUUUAGUGGGUCUUGAACUCUAUAGAUUUUAAGAUAACGUAAGUCCUCUGCAGUUGAUUGUUUUGAAGAUAGCUAGAGCUGAAAGAGCGUGAGUCCAAUAAGCAUCAAAACUGAAACAACGUGAGUCAAAUAAUUGACACAAGUAAGUGUAAUGAUAAGUCGACUUACGCUCUACUAGCCCCGGCUGGGAGCGUAAUACUUUUUCGGCUCUCCUGUAAAAUCAGCCGUUUGAGACUUACGCCCUUCUAACUCUUAGGCCCGGUUGCACAAAAGCCGGUUAAAUUUUAACCGUGAUUAGUUACAUGAGAACAAAUCACAGAAGGCCUUUUUGGUAAGACGGCUUCUCUGAUUGGUUCUCAUGGAAUUAACCUUGCGGGGGGCGCUGUGUCCUUGAAACUGACAUGAGUGGGCGCGUAGCAGCACUGAGUGCUGCCUCUCAAAUAUCCUACCUACAUAAGCCUCAUACAGCUCAGGGUAGAAGAAAAAGGAUGUUUAUAUCAUAAAAAGUAAUUUUAUAAUCAAUUUGGAUAAUUGUAGUCAUAUUCUGAACAUGUUAUACUAUUUUUUAGUAAUAAUAUACUGGAAAUUGUUACUCACUGAAUUGAAUACAAAUACUGAUCACAUUAAAAGAAUAAUUUUAUUCCUGCUAUUGUCAAAAUAUCAAAAAACAUACAAGGCACUUAUAAUAAUUGAUAAUGAAACUUAAAAGAAAUGGGUUAGUCUCUUGGAAAAUAACAUAUAUGAAUAUAUGGAAAUUAGGAACAAAAAGUGCUGCCUAUAGAACGUGUCUAUGUGUUUGUCUUCAACUCACGACUGGAACAAUCAAUGUAAACAACAUCUAGCAUGUGGAAUAUAUUACAAAUGUUGCCAAAUGUAGGUACUGAACGUCCCUACUUCGAAAAAUGAAUGCAAUCCUACUUAUUACAAGAUUAAUUACGCGCCCACCGGAAGGUUAAUCACGGUUAAAAUUCAACCGACUUUUGUGCAACCUAGAUUUAGGUACAGAAUUAUUUGAAUUACCGAAAAGUAGUGUGCACGUCAGCUGUUUCCUUUUUACAAUACUUUAUAAAUUAUUUUAUGUUCUCUUCUCACGAGACUUCUAAAUAUUAUGAAACAAGCCCCUGGUGAAUUGAGUGAUCUUCCAAGCUGUUUUAUAUGAGAAGGAGAAAGACUUGAGGCUCCAUAAGACUUUGAGACCUAGAACGAUAUGAGAACAAUGAGACAAACUUGAUGUUUUUUGAGCAGAAAUAGUUAUAAGUUUUUGUAUGUGUGUGGGUGAUAGAGUAUAUUGGAGAGGUUGGACAAACCUUGUUCAAUGCUAUAGUGAGGUCCACGUUAUAAUGGCAGUGUUUGAUUAGCAAUGGUAAUGCUAUCCUUGUCUUUCAUUCAACAACGCGGAUAGCGCUAUCUCUCUCUCGCUUUGCUCUGUUGCCAGAUCGGCUUUUAACAAUGUAGAAUUGAUCAUUCAUUCACAAAAUAUUACAUCUUAAUUAUGAAAAUUCAUCAUGAAAUUAUAAUUCUUGCUUAAUAAUAUAUAAUUGAUUAUUUUAAAACUAGAAUGAACAAUUUAUAUUACAUCAAUAAACCUGUCAGCUACCGUCUAUAGAAGGCAUUGACAAGACAGUGAGGAUCGACAACGUUGUUCUCCUAUCUUUCUUCACUGCCAUUAUAACUUGGACAUCACUGUAGCAUUAAUGUGGUUUGUACAAUUUCUCUUAUAAAAUUGAGUGUUGAAAAAUGAAUAAAAAAAUGAUACCAGUCCUAAAUUAAGUAUUACCAUGUACUUUGUUACUUCAAUAUUAUUUUUCAUUGCGUUUCUUAUUCAUCAUGUUUAUUUUUAAAGGUAUUAUUCAUAGACGAUGUAUAAUGCUAAUUUCAACUAGUUAUUCAACUUUGUUAACAUCUCAACUUUGUUAUUCAACUAGUUAAUCCAAAUUCAACUAGCUCUGAUUUAUUCAACAUGUUAAUUUUUUAAAGGUAUUAUUCAUAGACGAUAAUGCUAAUUUCAACUAGUUAUUCAACUAUAUUAUUCAACUAUGUUAACAUCUCAACUAUGUUAUUCAACUAGUUAAUUCAAAUUCCACUAUAUUAUUCAACUAGCUCUGAUUUAUUCAACAUGUUAAUUUUUUAAAGGUAUUAUUCAUAGACGAUGUAUAAUGCUAAUUUCAACUAGUUAUUCAACUAUAUUAUUCAACUAUGUUAACAUCUCAACUAUGUUAUUCAACUAGUUAAUUCAAAUUCAACUAUAUUAUUCAACUAGCUCUGAUUUAUUCAAUUAGAAGUCAUUUUGAUGUAUUGAAUAUACUGUAGAAUUUUUGUCAAUUCUCAACUGCUUUGGCAUUCAUACUGCCGUGUCUCUAAGGCCUAUAAAUCAUAAUAACUUGUAAAAUUGUUGUUCUAUCUAUCCCUAUCUAAGCUAUACUAUCAAGGUGCAAUAAUAGUAUAACAAAACUGAAAAGACACAAUUUAUACAAGAUAUUCCAAUAUUGAGAUUCUUUUCAGAC